GCGGCGGGAGCCGGCUGCAGACGGAGCCGGGCGGCCGAGGACGCAGCGCGGCGUCUGGCGACAGCUCGAGCCGCGGGCGCAGCGGCCGCGCGGGGAGCGCGCCCAUGGGUAGCGCGGGACGGCGGCGGGCGGCGAGGCCCCGGCUUCUGCGCGCCGGCCCUAGAGGGGCCCAGAGGACUGCCGCUCUAAGGUUCUUGCUUCAGGCUGUGUGAGUGAGCUGCAGGCUCUGCUCCGGAGCAAGGCUGCAGUCCUUUUAGGUGAAGGAAAUGCUUAUGGACAGGUGUCUUGAAGAGUGCUGCUGAAAAGAACAGAAGCAAGGACAGUGUCACUGUGACUGCUGGCAAGCACCUCCACCAUGGCUUUGGAGAAACUGUGCUUUGAGGAUGUUGUUUGCUGUGGGUGAAAGAGAAACUCCAGGCAACCAACCUUUCUGUCUGUUUGUGAUAGUAUUGUGUGAUGACCACAGAGGUGGGUUCACACCAUUGUUGCUGAUGACUGCUUCUUGCCUCUGUGGACAUGAGUGACCCAAGGCCAUCACAGGUAGAGAAGCACAAGCUCGGCAGAGCUGCCUCCAAAUUCAAGGACCCUUCCAGAACCAUGCAGUCUGAUGAUUAUUUUGCUCGGAAAUUUAAAGCCAUCAAUGGCAGCAUGGGACCUGCCACUUUGAACACCUCUAGUCCAAAUGAGGGCAGUGGAGGUGGUGGCGGGCCAGCCAACGGCACCCCAGCAGUGCCCAAGAUGGGAGUGAGGGCCAGAGUGUCCGAGUGGCCUCCGAAAAAGGACUGCACCAAGGACCUGGCUUGCAAGAUGCUGUGGGAGAGCCGUUCUCAGUCCAGUUAUGAGAGUGUCACCUCCAUUAUCCAAAAUGGCCAAAAUGACCAGGGUGACAGGCAGCAAGAGGAACAGCUGGACUUGGAUUUUGUGGAGGCAAAGUACACCAUUGGAGACAUCUUUGUCCAUUCUCCUCAGAGAGGACUCCACCCCAUACGACAAAGGAGCAACAGUGACGUUACCAUUAGUGACAUCGAUACUGAGGAUGUCCUGGACCAACAUGCAGUCAACCCCAACACUGGAGCUGCCCUGCACAGGGAAUAUGGGAGCACUUCAUCUAUUGAUAGGCAGGGUCUAUCUGGAGAGAAUGUUUUUGCCAUGCUCCGAGGAUACCGAGUGGAGAAUUACGAUCCCAAGGUGACCAGCUCCUUUGGGUUUCCAGAUUUCUUCCCCUGUAAUACUGCCAUCUCCCCCAGCCUUCAUGCUGCAGCCCAGAUUUCUAGAGGAGAGUUUGUCCGCAUCUCAGGGUUGGACUACAUGGAUGGAGGGCUGCUGAUGGGGAGGGACAGAGACAAGCCCUUCAAGCGCAGGUUAAAAUCAGAGUCAGUGGAAACAUCACUCUUCCGAAAACUUCGGACAGUAAAAAGUGAGCAUGAGACCUUCAAGUUCACUUCUGACCUAGAGGAGGGUCGCCUGGACCGGGGCAUACGCCCAUGGAGUUGCCAGAGGUGUUUUGCCCAUUAUGAUGUGCAGAGUAUCCUCUUCAACAUCAACGAAGCCAUGGCCACGAGGGCUAGCGUGGGGAAGAGAAAGAACAUCACCACUGGGGCCUCGGCUGCAUCACAGACUCCAGUUCCUGUAGGCCCAGCUGGAGGCUGCGAGUCCCCACUGGGCAGCAAGGAGGACCUCAACUCCAAAGAGAACCCUGAUGCUGAUGAGGGUGAUGGAAAGAGCAAUGACUUGGUCCUCAGCUGCCCUUACUUCCGAAAUGAGACUGGUGGGGAGGGCGACAGGCGCAUAGCACUCUCUCGGGCCAACUCAGCCUCAUUCAGCUCUGGGGAAAGCUGUUCCUUUGAGUCAUCCCUCAGCUCACACUGUACCAAUGCCGGUGUCUCUGUCUUGGAGGUGCCUCGAGAAAACCAGCCCAUCCACAGGGAGAAGGUCAAGCGCUACAUCAUAGAGCACGUUGACCUUGGGGCCUACUACUACCGCAAGUUCUUCUAUGGCAAAGAGCACCAGAACUACUUUGGAAUAGAUGAAAACCUUGGCCCUGUGGCAGUCAGCAUCCGGAGGGAGAAGGUGGAGGAUCCCAAGGAGAAGGAAGGGUCCCAGUUCAACUACAGGGUGGCCUUCAGGACAAGUGAGCUCACGACUCUGAGAGGAGCUAUCCUAGAAGAUGCUGUCCCGUCCACAGCCCGGCAUGGCACUGCCCGGGGCCUGCCCCUCAAGGAAGUCCUGGAGUAUGUUAUCCCAGAGCUCAGUAUCCAGUGCCUGCGGCAGGCAGCCAGCUCUCCCAAGGUCCCGGAGCAGCUGCUCAAGCUGGAUGAGCAAGGGCUGAGCUUUCAGCACAAAAUUGGGAUCCUGUACUGCAAAGCUGGGCAGAGCACGGAAGAGGAAAUGUACAACAAUGAGACAGCAGGGCCAGCCUUCGAGGAGUUCCUGGACCUCCUAGGCCAGAGAGUACGGCUGAAAGGCUUCAGCAAGUACCGUGCACAGCUGGACAAUAAGACGGAUUCCACAGGGACUCACUCCCUCUAUACUACAUACAAAGACUUUGAACUCAUGUUUCAUGUGUCGACAUUGCUUCCGUAUAUGCCGAACAACAGGCAGCAGCUUCUGAGGAAGAGGCACAUUGGGAACGACAUUGUCACCAUCGUCUUCCAGGAGCCUGGUGCCCUCCCAUUCACCCCCAAGAACAUCCGCUCACACUUCCAGCAUGUCUUCGUCAUAGUGAAGGUGCACAACCCCUGCACAGAAAACGUGUGCUACAGCGUUGGCGUUUCCAGGUCAAAGGAUGUCCCUCCCUUCGGUCCCCCAAUCCCCAAAGGUGUAACUUUUCCAAAGUCAGCCGUGUUCCGGGACUUCCUUUUAGCCAAAGUAAUCAAUGCAGAAAAUGCAGCUCAUAAGUCAGAAAAAUUCCGAGCCAUGGCUACUCGAACAAGACAAGAAUACUUGAAGGAUUUGGCUGAGAACUUUGUCACAACCGCCACAGUGGACACUUCUGCAAAAUUCAGCUUCAUCACCCUGGGUGCAAAGAAGAAGGAGCGAGUAAAACCAAGGAAGGAUGCACACUUGUUCAGCAUCGGAGCCAUCAUGUGGCAUGUGGUGGCAAGGGACUUUGGCCAGUCAGCAGACAUUGAGUGUCUGCUUGGGAUCUCUAAUGAGUUCAUCAUGUUGAUAGAGAAGGACUCCAAGAAUGUCGUGUUUAACUGUUCCUGCAGGGAUGUGAUUGGCUGGACUUCUGGGUUAGUGAGCAUCAAAGUCUUCUAUGAAAGGGGAGAGUGUAUCCUGCUGUCUUCAGUGGAUAACUGUUCCGAAGACAUCCGAGAGAUAGUGCAACGGCUCGUAAUAGUGACAAGAGGCUGUGAAACUGUGGAAAUGACCCUGAGGAGGAAUGGGCUGGGCCAGCUUGGCUUCCAUGUGAACUUUGAAGGAAUUGUUGCCGAUGUAGAACCUUUUGGUUUUGCCUGGAAGGCAGGCCUUCGCCAAGGGAGCCGCCUCGUAGAGAUCUGCAAGGUGGCUGUGGCCACCCUGACCCAUGAGCAGAUGAUUGACCUACUGCGGACAUCCGUGACUGUGAAAGUGGUUAUCAUCCAUCCCCAUGAGGAUGGCUCUCCCCGCAGGGGCUGUUCAGAGCUCUGCCGGAUCCCCAUGGUAGAGUACAAGCUGGACAGUGAGGGCACACCCUGCGAGUACAAGACACCUUUCAGAAGAAACACCACAUGGCACCGUGUGCCCACCCCUGCUCUACAGCCAGUUUCCAGAGCCUCACCUGUGCCAGGCACACCUGACCGUCUGCAAUGCCAGCCACUGCUCCAACAGGCCCAGGCCGCCAUCCCCAGGAGCACAUCCUUUGAUAGGAAGCUGCCUGAUGGCACCAGAAGUUCUCCCAGCAACCAGUCAUCAUCCAGCGACCCAGGACCUGGUGGGAGUGGACCUUGGAGACCACAAGUGGGCUACGAUGGAUGCCCAUCCCCUCUACUGCUCGAGCACCAGGGCCCAGGCUCUGUGGAGUGUGAUGGAGCCAGGGAACAUGAGGACAUCAUAGAAGGAGGCAGGCUUCCAGAAACCAAAUGGCAUGGCCCACCUUCCAAAGUCCUGAGCUCCUAUAAGGAAAGAGCCCUACAGAAAGAUGGGAGCUGCAAAGAUUCCCCCAAUAAGCUGUCUCAUAUCGGAGAUAAGAGCUGCUCCAGCCACUCCAGCAGUAAUACUCUCUCCAGUAACACAUCCAGCAACAGUGAUGACAAGCAUUUUGGGUCAGGGGACCUGAUGGACCCCGAGCUGCUGGGAUUGACCUACAUCAAAGGCGCUUCGACUGACAGUGGCAUCGACACCACUCCCUGCAUGCCAGCCACCAUCCUUGGCCCUGUGCAUCUGACGGGCAGCAGGUCGCUGAUCCACAGCCGGGCCGAACAGUGGGCUGAUGCUGCUGAUGUCUCGGGAGCUGAUGAUGAACCUGCCAAGUUGUAUACCCUGCAUGGCUAUGCCUCUGCCAUCUCCACCAGUGCUGCAGAGGGCAGCAUGGGUGACCUCAGUGAGAUCUCUUCUCACUCCAGUGGCUCGCACCAUUCAGGAAGCCCCUCUGCUCACUGCUCCAAAAGCACUGGGUCUCUGGACAGCUCCAAAGUCUAUAUCGUUUCUCACAGUAGCAGUCAGCAGGUUCCCGGGGCCUUGUCAAAGCCUUACCACAGACAAGAGGCAGCAAACAAAUAUGUCAUUGGCUGGAAAAAGUCAGAAGGCAGCCCACCGCCCGAGGAACCUGAAGUGACUGAAUGCCCUAGGAUAUAUGGCGAGAUGGACCUCAUGUCCACAGCCACUCAGCAUCCAGCAGUGGUGGGAGACGCUGUUUCAGAAACUCAACACGUCUUAUCCAAAGAUGACUUUCUGAAGUUGAUGCUUCCUGACAGCCCCUUAGUGGAGGAGGGAAGACGCAAGUUUUCGUUCUAUGGGAACCUGUCUCCACGGAGGUCGUUGUACAGAACAUUGUCUGAUGAGAGUGUAUGCAGCAACCGGAGGGGCUCUUCCUUUGCCAGUUCUCGAAGCUCCAUCCUGGACCAGGCCCUGCCCAAUGACAUUCUGUUCAGCACCACUCCACCUUACCACAGCACGCUGCCUCCAAGGACCCACCCUGCUCCCAGCAUGGGGAGCCUAAGAAAUGAGUUCUGGUUCUCCGACGGGUCCUUAUCGGAUAAGUCCAAGUGUGCAGAUCCUGGCCUGAUGCCGCUACCAGACACGGCCACGGGGUUAGAUUGGUCCCACCUUGUGGAUGCUGCACGAGCAUUUGAAGGUCUUGACUCAGAUGAAGAACUCGGGCUUCUCUGUCACCACGCCUCCUACCUAGACCAGAGGGUGGCAUCUUUCUGUACCCUGACUGACCUCCAGCAUGGACAAGACCUGGAAGGGGCCCCAGAGCUGUCCCUGUGUGUGGAUCCUGCCAGCGGCAAGGAGUUCAUGGACACACCUGGGGAGCGAUCACCCUCCACACUGACUGGGAAAGUCAACCAGCUAGAACUGAUUCUUCGACAAUUGCAGACCGACCUUCGCAAGGAGAAGCAGGACAAGGCAGUGCUGCAGGCUGAGGUCCAGCACCUGAGACAAGACAACAUGCGGCUGCAGGAAGAGUCGCAGACUGCCACCGCCCAGCUGCGCAAGUUCACCGAGUGGUUUUUCAGCACCAUUGACAAGAAGGCCUGACCAGCUAGCUAGCUGCUCCUCAUCCAGGGACCAUGGGCUGGCCUGCCUGCCUCCCUGCCUGCCUGCCUGCCUGCCUGCGGUCCCUUCCAAGUUGGCAAUGUAGUUUUACUUGCGCUUUCCACCACCUGUAGGUAGAUGUCUCGCUGUCCAUUCUGUGUCUCGCUACUCAUCCUAGCAGGACAGACAGGUCGGGGGACCUGGACUCCUCCUGGGUAGCUGCAGCAGCAGAUGAAUGUAACUCCUGGUGAACACAGAAGUAGCCUGCAACUGAAAGGCUCCCCUGACAGUGCUCCUGCCUCAGCUUCCCUGGGGGAGAGAACUGGGUGUCACUAACUGAAUUUGGUGACCUCCAGAGAUGCUAAGCCAGUGUACAAUAGCAGGGCUGUAGGAUUGUAAAAAUAAAUACGGAGGCAGAUAAUCAGACAUGUACUUUAAUGUUAAAGGUGCUCUAUAUUUUUGGAUGUACAGUAGUUUUAUUUCCACAGCCACACUAUCAUAGCAAUAAGAAGGGUGCAGUAAGUAGUUGGCAGAGCUCUGUCAGAGAGAAACCCUGAAAUUUAACACUAGCUCAAACACUGUUACCGUAGAGACGUAUUUAUUUGCAGGAACAAACGGUGCCUGAAUAUUAACAGUGUUCUGAUUUUUUUUUUUUAAGAGAUGCAUAUGCCUUGUAAAUGGCUGGACCUGUUGGUAGUCCCUUCAUUGCAUAGUUUGCUUUCUUGUAGUUGCUCUGCUGAAGACAGUCAAUGUCUCCCCUAGCCCCUCCCCACUAGAGUUCCCUGAUGCUGAGUGUCCGAGGGAUCCUGUGUACAACUUCAGAUUUGUUUAUCUUUGUACAGAAACUCUGAUAAAGUGUCUUGUAUUUAACACUCUUAUUUAAGCUUAUUUAACCCUACCUUGUUAAUUUUAUAUGAUUUGGUUUCACCUGCACUGUAUGGAGGGAGGCAGGCAGGCAGGCAGGCAGUGACUGAACUCACCCGGAACAGACUGAAGUAGGAGAGCGAGCGAGCGGAGGACUGGAUGCUGCUGGCUAAUGCAUUGUUUGUAUUGCUUUUCCAUUUUUAACUGUUAUAUUUGAGAUGAACAUACAUUUUGCUUUUUUAAUAAAUGUUCAAAAGAAGUCAACAUAAAAAA